GGUGCCCCGCGGCCGCGAAGAUCCGGGCCGCUCUCCCGGGCGGGUCCGCGCCGCUCUCCGGGGCGAGCUCCCCAGGUUUCGGGCCUGCCAGACCCUUUUUCUCCCCAGAGCCAUCUGCAGAAGCCGGGACUGGGCACGAGGCAGGGCUGGGACAAUGGCAGUACCCAGGCUGGGCCCGUGGGUAGCACACCUGCUCCUGAUCCUCCUCUCCUUGGGAUCUGGCCUGGACACACUAGAGGUGUGUCCCAGCUUGGACAUCCGCUCGGAGGUGGCCGAGCUGCGCCGGCUGGAGAACUGCAGCGUGGUGGAGGGCCACCUGCAGAUCCUGCUCAUGUUCACGGCCACCGGCGAGGACUUCCGCGGCCUCAGCUUCCCGCGCCUCACUCAGGUCACGGACUACCUGCUCCUCUUCCGUGUCUACGGCCUGGAGAGCCUGCGGGACCUCUUCCCCAACCUGGCGGUGGUGCGCGGCGCCCGCCUCUUCCUGGGCUACGCACUGGUCAUCUACGAGAUGCCACACCUGCGGGACGUGGGGCUGCCGGCGCUGGGGGCCGUGCUGCGCGGGGCCGUGCGGGUGGAGAAGAACCAGGAGCUCUGCCACCUCUCCACCAUCGACUGGGGCCUGCUGCAGCCCUCACCUGGAGCCAACCACAUUGUGGACAACAAGCCGCGUGAGGAGUGUGCGGACGUGUGCCCCGGCGUGCUGGGCGCCACCGGCCAGCCCUGCGCCCGGACCGCCUUCGGUGGGCACACCGACUACAGGUGCUGGACCUCCAGCCACUGCCAGAGAGUGUGUCCCUGUCCCCAUGGGCUGGCCUGCACAGCUGGCGGGGAGUGCUGCCACUCCGAAUGCCUGGGGGGCUGCAGCCAGCCAGAGGACCCCCGGGCCUGCCUGGCCUGUCGUCACCUCUACUUCCAGGGUGCCUGUCACCGGGCCUGCCCUCCAGGCACCUACCAGCAUGAGUCCUGGCGCUGUGUCACGGCAGAGCGCUGUGCCAGCCUGCGCUCUGUGCCCGGCCGUGCCUCCACCUUCGGCAUCCACGAGGGCAGCUGCCUGGCCCAGUGCCCCCCGGGCUUCACCCGCAACAGCAGCAGCAUACUCUGCCACAAGUGUGAGGGGCUGUGCCCCAAAGAGUGCAAGGUGGGCACCAAGACCAUCGACUCCAUCCAGGCGUCACAGGACCUGGCGGGCUGCACCCACGUGGAAGGGAGCCUCAUCGUCAACCUUCGCCAAGGCUAUAACUUAGAGCCGGAGCUACAGCAAAGCCUGGGGCUCAUCGAGACCAUCACUGGCUUCCUCAAAAUCAAGCACUCCUUUGCCCUCGUGUCCCUGGGCUUUUUCAGGAACCUCAAACUAAUCCGGGGGGACGCCAUGGUGGACGGGAACUACACUCUGUAUGUGCUGGACAACCAGAACCUACAACAGCUGGGGUCCUGGGUGGCUGCGGGGCUCACCAUUCCCGUGGGCAAGAUCUACUUCGCCUUCAACCCUCGCCUCUGCUUGGAGCACAUUUACCGCCUGGAGGAGGUGACCGGCACUCGGGGACGGCAAAACAAGGCCGAGAUCAACCCCCGCACCAACGGAGACCGCGCCGCCUGCCAGACUCGCACCCUGCGCUUCGUGUCCAACGUGACGCAGGCCGACAGCAUCUUGCUGCGCUGGGAGCGCUACGAGCCGCUGGAGGCUCGGGACCUGCUCAGCUUCAUCGUGUACUACAAGGAGUCCCCAUUCCAGAACGCCACAGAGCACAUAGGUCCAGACGCCUGCGGGACCCAGAGCUGGAACCUGCUGGAUGUGGAGCUGCCCUUAAGCCGCACCCAGGAACCCGGGGUGACUCUCGCACCCCUCAAGCCUUGGACACAGUAUGCAGUGUUUGUACGGGCCAUCACACUGACCACCGCUGAGGACAGCCCCCACCAAGGAGCCCAGAGCCCCAUUGUCUACCUCCGAACCCUGCCGGCAGCGCCCACGGUGCCCCAGGACGUCAUCUCCACGUCCAACUCCUCGUCCCACCUGCUGGUGCGCUGGAAGCCACCGACUAAGCGCAACGGGAACAUCACCUACUACCUGGUGCUGUGGCAGCGUCUGGCGGAGGACGGCGACCUCUACCUCAACGACUACUGCCACCGCGGCUUGCGGCUGCCCACCAGCCACAACGACCCCCGCUUCGACCGCGAAGACGAGGAGCCGGGAGCCGAGACGGAGCCCGGCUGCUGCCCCUGCCAGCACCCCGCUCCCGGGCAGGUCCUGCCGCCGCUGGAGGCGCAGGAGGCCUCCUUCCAGAAGAAGUUCGAAAACUUUCUGCACAACGCCAUCACCAUCCCCAAAUCCCCGUGGAAGGUGACGUCCAUCCAUAAGAGCCCUCACAGGGACUCGGGGAGGCAGCGCCGGGCCGCCGGGGCCCUCCGGCUUGGGGGAAACACCUCGGAUUUCGAGAUCCAGGAGGACAAAGUGCCCCGGGAGCGCGCAGUGUUGAGUGGCCUGCGCCACUUCACGGAAUAUCGCAUCGACAUCCACGCCUGCAACCACGCGGCGCACACCGUGGGCUGCAGUGCCGCCACCUUCGUCUUCGCGCGCACCAUGCCCCACAGAGAAGCCGACGGCAUCCCAGGGAAGGUGGCCUGGGAGGCGGCCAGCAAAAGCAGUGUCCUCCUGCGCUGGCUGGAGCCACCGGACCCCAACGGACUCAUCCUCAAAUACGAAAUCAAGUACCGCCGAUUGGGAGAGGAGGCCACCGUGCUGUGUGUGUCCCGCCUGCGGUUCGCCAAGUUCGGGGGUGCCCGACUGGCCCUGCUGCCUCCUGGAAACUACUCCGCCAGAGUUCGGGCAACCUCGCUGGCAGGCAAUGGCUCCUGGACAGAAAGCAUCUCUUUCUAUGUCCCCGGCCCAGAGGAGGAAGACUCCGGGGGGCUGCACGUCCUUCUCACGGUCACCCCCGUGGGGCUCAUGCUGCUCAUCAUUCUUGCUGCCCUUGGUUUCUUCUACAGCAGGAAGAGAAGCAGCACCCUGUAUGCCUCUGUGAAUCCGGAGUACUUCAGCGCCUCUAAUAUGUACGUCCCUGAUGAGUGGGAGGUGCCUCGGGAGCAGAUCUCCAUAAUCCGGGAACUGGGCCAGGGCUCCUUUGGGAUGGUAUACGAGGGGCUGGCACAAGGGCUAGAGGCCGGAGAGGAGUCCACACCCGUGGCCCUGAAGACCGUCAAUGAGCUGGCCAGUCCACGAGAACGCAUCGAGUUCCUCAAGGAAGCCUCUGUCAUGAAGGCAUUCAAGUGUCACCAUGUGGUACGUCUCCUGGGUGUGGUGUCCCAGGGACAGCCAACUCUGGUCAUCAUGGAGUUAAUGACCCGGGGGGACCUCAAGAGCCAUCUUCGAUCUCUGCGGCCCGAGUCAGAGAACAACCCGGGGCUCCCACGGCCAGCGCUGGGAGAUAUGAUCCAGAUGGCUGGUGAGAUUGCAGAUGGCAUGGCCUACCUCGCUGCCAACAAGUUUGUGCACCGCGAUCUGGCAGCCCGGAACUGCAUGGUGUCCCAGGACUUCACCGUCAAGAUCGGGGACUUUGGGAUGACUCGAGACGUGUACGAAACUGACUAUUACCGCAAGGGCGGGAAGGGGCUGCUGCCUGUGCGCUGGAUGGCCCCCGAGUCCCUCAAAGAUGGAAUCUUCACCACGCACUCGGAUGUCUGGUGGGGGCUGGCUGGAGCAGAGGGCUUGGGGGAUGUGGAGGUGGGGUCCGGGAUGAGGCCCGGAUGCGCUCAGCAGCGUGCAAGGUGCUGGGCUCAAGCCCUUCUGCGUGUCCUCCAGGUCCUUCGGUGUGGUGCUCUGGGAGAUCGUGACCUUGGCCGAACAGCCCUACCAGGGCUUAUCCAACGAGCAGGUGCUCAAGUUUGUCAUGGAUGGUGGGGUCCUGGAGGAGCUGGAGAGCUGUCCCCUUCAGCUGAGCUGAUGCGCCGCUGUUGGCAGCAGAACCCGCGCCUGCGACCCGCCUUCACCCGCAUCCUGGACAGCAUCCGGAGCGAGCUGCGGCCCUCCUUCCGUCUCUUUUCCUUCUACUAUAGUCCAGAGUGCCGGGCGGCCCGCGGGGCGCUGCUGCCGGAUGUCCAACCUGACUCUCUGCCCACCCCAGAAGGGGCUUCCUCAGGCUGCCGCCCCCAAAAUGGGGGUCCGGGGCACUGAGGGGCGCCGUAUUCCCCGGAUGACUGGCGGAGAGGUAGGGUCCUGACCUUUGUGGCCAUGAAGUGUGCAGACAUUCACACCCCAUCCCAUGCUCAGAAAGGCCAGGGGGUGCCCAGGCUGCACCAGGGAGCGGGAGAGGAAAGAUGGGGUGGGGGGCUCAGAGCGGACUCGCCCUUAAGGAGUCCAGAGACAUCCAAGAUUUCUUCGGGAGUCUGAGUUCUCCACGAGAAAGUGAGCAAGGUCCCAGCCCGAGUGGAGGAGAGGCCCCCGCCCUCAGAGAGGGGGCCCUACUCAGACGGGGGAGGGGGGCUCACCCCCCCAGAAGGCGGCAUCCAGAGAACCCCAGCCUCAGCUUUGGGUCUCCUGUGGACAUGUGGCGCCGUCUGCACACUGGAAACCAGCAGAGCAGCCCGCAUCAGGCCUCCCUGUCCUUGUCUGGGAUGCUGGGGUUGGGGUGUCUCACCGCUCCCCUCUGCCCCACGGAUCAGGUGGUGUGGGGAGAACCCAGAGACCUGGGUGAGCAGAGGUCCCAGCCCAGCCGGGUAGCCUGCCCGCCCCCUUCCUCUCCUUCCCUGAACCCAGGAACCCCCAAGAUUGGUGCUCCUCCUCCCUCGUGCCCAGGCGCAUGCCUCGGUGCAGCUUUCCCCCUUCUCGCAGGCCCUUCCCCUCCACCUCCCUCCUACCCUUGGGUGAUUGGGGCUUCAGGAGCCUUGCUUCCUCCCUGCCCUCGCUCCUGCGCCGCACCCCUGCCUCUCACCGGAAGGCUGGAGAAAACACAAUAAAUGCUGGGGUCUCUUUGUGCCCUGGCCCCGGGCAGCCCAUUACCUCUCCGUCUAUCUGGUGCUAACACGGGCUGAACUUCCUCCCUCCUCCU